GUGGCAGGGUGCUGUGUCCUGGCUGACGGUGCACCAUGGGCGGGAUCAGCCACCACCAAUAUAAACAGGGCUGACAGCGAGCCACCCUGGCAAACUGAAAGCUGAACCUUGGAGCGUGGAGGAGACAGCGUGGUCCAGGGUGGGGCAAGCGGCGCCAAGGAGGAGGUGUGGUGUGGGUGUCCUGUGCCGGGGAGCCCAAUGGCAUGUGCUCGAUGCUAACACAGCACCCAUAGGGCUCUGGCACAACCAGGAUGUGAACCACAGCGCUGGGGCAGGCUGAUAAGGGCUCCCCAGCAGGCGCUGGGCGAUGGCAGGAGCUCAGGGGGGGCUCCCGGGUCCCUUCCCGGAGCCCCCGGUUGGGCCAUGCCCCGUCUCCGACUCCGACUCGGACUCCGAGGACACGGCCGUGGGUGGCACAGCACCUGGUGCUGGGGCGCAGAACGCCUCCCGGGUCAUCCACAGUGGCCACUUCAUGGUGUCGUCCCCACACAGCGACUCACUGCCCCGCCGGCGCCACCACCGCACCGAGCCUGAGCUGGCUGAUCCCCGGAGCAUUGACCCGACCCUCACCCGGCUCUUCGAGUGCAUGAGCCUGGAGUACAGUGGGAAGCUGGUGUCUCCAAAGUGGAAGAAUUUCAAGGGGCUGCGGCUGCUUUGCCGGGACAAAAUUCGUCUCAACAACGCUAUCUGGAGAGCAUGGUACAUCCAGUAUGUGGAGCGGAGGAAGAACCCUGUGUGUGGCUUCAUCACCCCACUGGAGGGGUCAGAGGCUGAUGAGCACCGAAAACCAGAGGCUGUCGUGCUGGAAGGCAACUACUGGAAACGCCGCAUCGAGGUGGUGAUGAGGGAGUACCACAAGUGGAGGAUCUACUACAAGAAGCGACUCCGAAAGUCCACCCGGGAGGGAGAGCUCUCCAGUCCAAAGCAGGAUGAGGAUGUCUGGAGGCCAACAGAGAAAUGGUGCAACCAGCUCUUCUGCAACGUGGUGCCCAUGCUGCUUGGGGAUGAGGAAGAGGAGCCAGGGGGUAGGCAGCACUUCGACUUGGACACCUUCCUCUCGGAUAUCUCUGACACCCUCUUCACCAUGACACAGACACCCAGCACCCACCAGGCACUUCCCGAGGAUGCAUAUGUUGGGAAUGCUGACAUGAUACAGCCGGACUUGGCAUCCCUGCAGCCCAGCCUGGAUGAUAUGGAGAUCUCAGAUAUCUUCACCAGCCACUGGCCACUGCCAUCACAGACGCAACCAGGCUACCAGGAGCCGCCCUGCUUUGUGCCCAUGGCUGAGCCCCUGUUCAGCGGUGGGGGGUCCCUGAUGGGUGCUCAGGGGCUGCCCGCAAGCCCUGAGGCCCCGCUCCUGCCCAGCACCAUCCUCCAGCCCAGUGGUGCCUCCCAGCUUGGCCUCCAAGGCGCCUUCCUGGGCCCCGAGCUCCCCUCGGCCCCCCUGCCUCCUGAGCCCCCCCCCACGGCGCCCAGCAGCCUCAGCCCCCAGCUCCAACACAAGCCCCUGCUGCAGUAUGGCCUCCCUGGGAAGUGCCUUGGCCUGGAGCCACCAGGACCCCACUGCGCCCCCCCCAUCCCAUCCCCCGGGGUGCCGCUGCUGAGCCCGGACCCCCCAUUCUCCCCCGCCUCAGGCCCCCGCUCCAAGUUCCCCUACGCCAGCUCUCCUGGCCCCUCGCUGCUGGCCCACCCCGCCUCCCUACUCUCGGCACCCUGCUUCACCACCCACGCCCCGGGGCUGGGUUAUGCCACAGGCAUGGUGCCCCUGGGGUACCCCAGCCCGGCCGCCCCCCAGGUCCUGCCCCCCACCCUGCUGGGCAACCCCAGGUUUGCCCCCCCAAAGGGGCUGCCCCAGGGUGGGGGUGGGCGGCCGAAGGUGAAGCCCGGCGGCACGAAGGCAAAGAGGAUGCCGGGACCCCCCGCGCCGCCCCACCUGGCCAUGCCCAGCCCCUGCCUGAGCCAGCUGCUGACCACAGCCAAGCAGGAGCUGGCCCUGGAUGCCCCAUGCCCGAUGGGUGCAGGAUUCAUGCCCACAUCCCCUGUCUCUCUGCAGCAGAGCGCUGCCCCCGAAGGCCCUGCCACCUUCCUCUCCAGAAUGGCCCAAGCGAGCCCAGGACUGGCUCCUGGCUCCAGCCCUUCCCAAGCGGUGCCAGCGCCGGUGCCACUGGCGGGCACCCAGCCGGGCCCACUGCUAGUCCCCAAGGUGGAGCAGCUGUCCCCCACGUCGGCUUGCGGUGAGUCUGGGGCACCCCAAGGAGCUCCACAGGACACCACGUUUCCUGCAGGCAGCGACUGGCCCAAGCCUGGCCAGGCUUCCCCAGGAUCCACUCUAGGGCUGGGCACUGGCAUCUCCCUGCACCGCCCUGUGUCCUGUCGGGGCAGGCCUGAGUCCAGCAAGGAGGUGCCUGACAGCACUUACCCACAGAUGGAGAGCCGCCGCAUCACGCACAUCUCUGCCGAGCAGAAGAGACGCUUCAACAUCAAGCUGGGCUUCAACACGCUGCACAGCCUGGUGAGCACACUGAGCGCCCAGCCCAGCAUCAAGGUCAGCAAGGCCACCACCUUGCAGAAGACAGCUGAGUACAUUUGCAAGCUGCAGCAGGAGCGGGCGGCCCUGCAGGAUGAGGCACAGCGGCUGCGGGAGCAGAUCGAGGAGCUGAACAGCUCCAUCAACCUGUGCCAGGAGCAGCUGCCAGCCACAGGGGUGCCCAUCACACGCCAGCGCUUCGAUCAGAUGCGCAGCAUGUUCAACGAGUAUGUCCGCUCCUCCACGCUGCAGAACUGGAAGUUCUGGAUCUUCAGUAUCAUCAUCCGGCCCCUCUUCGAGUCUUUCAACGGCAUGGUCUCCACAGCCAGCAUGGAGAGCCUCACUCAGACAUCUCUUGCAUGGCUGGACCAGCACUGCUCCCUCCCAGCGCUUCGGCCAACUGUCCUGAGCUCCCUCCGCCAGCUGAGCAUUUCGACCUCCAUCCUCAGCGACCCAGCCUGCAUCCCUGAGCAGGCGACACUGGCAGUGGCGGAGAUGGGCCACGGCGGUGGCUCCUCCUAGCUGCCCCCGGAGGGGCUUUCCCAGCCCUGCCAAGACCCUUGCUGCUGCCAGACAAGCGCCCGCCAAUGCCAGGGAGGAGGCCCUGGCAGGGCCACCAUGGCCAGGCUGCACGAGCAAGGGGCAGUGCUGGUCGGUGGUGGCCCAGGGCCAUGGGGGUCCCGCUUCCAUGGCACCAGCUUGGGGAGUCCCUGCCUGUGCAGAGGCGGGGGCCGCUGCCGUCCCCCUGGUCCUGCGCCCCAGGACCUGCCAGACCCCGGAGCGGCUGGCACAGCGCCGGCCCCAUCCGCCCUUGGCCAGGAGGCCUGGGCUGGGGGAGCUGCUAGGCAGUGGGGCCCGGCCCCGCUGCCUGAUAAAGGACUCACUCUGCCUACAGGCCACAGCGUGGUUCUUCCUGCCGCGGGUCCCUCUGGGGCAGGGCUGGGGGAGGCAGGAGGCCGCAGGGUGAGGGCAGGGGCGGGCAGGGUGAGGGUGAGGGCAG